AAGAAAGUGUUAGCAGACCCGAGGCAGGGGGCAGUGAGGACUGCAGAAGCUCAUUCUAGCCGGAGGACAGACUGGGCCUAGGGAGUUUUUCACGUGUUAAGCAGGGACUGGCACCAUUCAGGCCAGGGGACUUGAGGAGGAUGCUGGGGGCCGUUGUGGGCAGAGCACAUCAGCAGUGGCCAGCCUGGAAAUGGGGACCCCAGGGCGGGGGCAGCUCCCUGGACCGGGACCUGGAAGCUUGCUAGAGAAGGGGUCGGGGGAGGUAUGUGACAGUGCUGCGAGCUGGGGAGGGGGCUUAUGGUCAGUGAGGAGAUGCCGAGUCCCUGGUGGGAAGGCUGGGCUUUGUGGGCCUCCUUAGCAAAGGACCCCCAAGGCAGGAUGGGAGCCGGAAAGCUCAGUGGGAGGCCCAGCGGCCCCUUCCCCAGAGAAGAUAGGUGGGUGCUGGGGUCCGUGUGAGAAGUGACUGGUAGCAUGCCAGCAGAAGCACGAGGAGGCAGAGGACAGGCGCUGGCUGGGCACUUGAACUGGGCUGGACUGGAAUUGAGCAGGUGCUCACGGGGCCCCCAAGGCAAGGGAGAGCGGACGGUCAAACCCUGCUGCGCCCUUUCCAGGCCUGAAUUGCCGGAGGGGAGGUGAGCAGUGUACAGCCUCAGAAGCGAGCGCUGCUCCGCCAUCUGCAGGUAGAACAACUGACUUAAGCCAGGCGGUGGCUCCUCUGCUGGGGCACUGGCGGCGUCCCGCCGGCCGCGUGUGCAAACCGAGGCCUGGACCGGGUAAGGCCUGAGGUCACACAAAUGGUAGGUGGCAGGGGGCCCGAGUUCAAACACAGAAAGCCCCUGUCGUCCCCACCUGCCACCCUCUUGGCGUUUGAGUCCCCUUCAGAGUACGGAACCUUUUCUCUCCACAACGGUGACAGCUUUCUGAGCUACUAGGCCAGCUCGCGCCACAGCUGGUCCCAAAGCCGUUGGCAGUCCGUGAUAAGUGCACACUGUCUUCCUGUCACCCGCUUCUGUGGCUGCAGGACAUGGCGGUUUAAUCGUGCGAGGAAAGAAGGUGACUGGAUGGGGUGGCACUUCAGGGGAGCGCGGGAGGGCGGAGAAGCAGAGGGAGCUGCUUGUCGUCCUCUCCCGCCGCGCCCCUCCUUCUUCUGCCCCCUCCCCUCCUCCCCCUCCAGUACUGCCCCAUCCCUUGCUUUGGAUUCCAGAACUCGCCACAGCUAAGGUCUCUAGUUCAACUGGAUGUUUGGUUAAAGGGGCUCGGGGCUGACUGGAAAUGUCAGCAUUGACGAAACCACUGAGGUGGGGAAACCCUUUCCGAAUUGUAACGACGGGCCUUGGGAAGGUCUGGAUCCAACAGAACUAGAGCAAGGAGCAAGGAGCAGGAUUUUCCUACCGCCCAGAGGAGAGAAGAACUGCAUGGGGUCAGGAGAGAAAAGCACGGAACCCCUAGGAGAGAGAGCAUUCUAGGGGCUUCCAGAAGCCUCAAGUAAGAAGGUGAACACACUGUGAAGAGGCACAACAGUCUUCCACUCCCGCCAGCCGGUCAGCGGGACCACUGCCUUUCUCCGGCCUGUGUCCGCCGCUCUGGGGCAAGGUCUAAGGCAAGGUUGCAGCAUCUGCGUCAGAAAUCCCAGGGACUUGGCCUGCUGAAGAAGCUGGCUCAGCUGGGAGGCCAAGGCACGUUUUAGCAAAGCAGUUUAUCUUAAUUCUGAACGGACAGUGGAGGCCGCCCCGAGGUCCCCCAGGGCUCCACAUGAAGCCCGAGUCCAGGCAGGCCCUCUCCCACGUGGCUGUGGCCAGCUGCUUCUGCACAGCCACCGUCUACACAGGCGUGUUCGAUGGCGUCUUUGUCCAGCUGGGCUAUGAACACUAUGCGGAAGCCCCUGUCGCCGGCCUCCCCGCCUUCCUGGCCAUGCCCUUCAACUCACUCAUUAACGUGGCCUACGUCCUACUGGGGCUGUAUUGGCUGCAGAGGAAGUCCAGGGCCCCGGGGCGCCCCGUGGAGGCGCGGAGGGCUCGCUACCUGAAGGAUGUCUUCGCCAGCAUGGCCCUGGUCUACGGCCCGGUUCAGUGGCUGCGGAUCGCGACGCAGGUGCACCCCGCCGCCGUGCUGGACCAGUGGUUCACCUUGCCCAUCUUCGCAUGGCCAGUCGCCUGGUGUCUCUCUCUAGACAGGGGUUGGGAUCCCUGGUUGUUCCUUGCCAUCGAGGGUCUCUCCCUGGGCAGUUACGGCCUCACCCUGCUACACUCCCAUGGGUUCGAGGUCGCGCUGGGCGCCCACAUCGCAGCUGCCGUGGCCCAGGCCCUGCGCGCUCACAGGCGCCACGGCACUGCCUCCUCGGGGACCUACUUGGCUCUGGGCGUGCUCUCCUGCGUGGGCUUUGUGGUCCUCAAGCUGUGCGACCAUCAGCUCGCGCAGUGGCGCCUCUUCCAGCGGCUCACGGGCCACUUCUGGUCCAAGGUCUGUGACGUGCUCCAGUUCCAUUUCGCUUUCUUGUUUCUGACAAACUUGAACACUUGCCAAAGCCCUCCUGAGAGGAAGAUACAUUAAAGUUUGCCCGGAAAAAAUUUU